CUCUAGCAAAUCAGAUCAGGCUCCAGAUCACAAUCACGCCCUUCCUCCUCUUCCAGAGCGACACAACUCGACAGCCAGAUCGACCCUUCUUCCAUCGUUCGAGCACGACGCAUCCAGUCAAAGAUGGAUGACGCUAGGAUACUCCAAGAUGCUCUCGGUGUCGUCAAGAUGCAGUCCGUUGCAAUGAAGAGAAGCCUUGAUACGGAUCAGAUCAUGGAGGCUUUAAAGAGUGCCUCGACUAUGCUCGCAGAGCUACGAACCUCUUCGCUCUCGCCGAAACAAUAUUACGAGUUGUACAUGAGUGUUUUCGAUGCCCUGAGACACCUGACGACAUACCUCUACGAUGCGCAUACCAGUGGGAAACAUCAUUUGGCAGAUCUUUACGAGCUCGUUCAAUAUGCUGGAAAUAUUGUGCCACGGCUAUACCUCAUGAUCACCGUUGGAUCCAUCUACAUGUCUAUACCCGACGCUCCCGUCAAGGAGAUCAUGAAGGACAUGCUCGAAAUGACCCGAGGAGUCCAACAUGCGACUCGCGGACUCUUCCUGCGACAUUAUCUGAGUGGACAAACCCGGGAUUACCUACCCGUCGGCGAGUCAUCCGGAGCGGACGGGAACUUGCAAGACUCGAUAGCUUUCGUGUUGACGAAUUUCGUGGAGAUGAACAAGCUGUGGGUGCGCCUCCAGCAUCAGGGCCAUUCCAAGGAACGUGAAAAGAGGGAAAUGGAACGAAAAGAACUGCGCAUACUGGUUGGAACCAACCUCGUUCGCUUGAGUCAAUUAGAAGGUGUUGACCUCACCAUGUACCGCCAAGCCAUCCUUCCCAGCAUUCUUGAGCAGGUGGUCGGUUGCCGAGAUAUCAUAGCUCAGGAAUACCUCAUGGAAGUGGUCAUUCAGGUCUUCACCGACGAGUUCCAUCUACACACUCUCACGCCUUUCCUCAGUGCGACCGCGCAGUUACAUCCCAAGGUCAACGUGAAACAGAUCGUGAUUUCUCUGAUCGACCGGCUCGCUGGGUUCGCGGCUCGUGAGGCAGAAAACGAAACACCUGAGGAGAAAAAGGCGCAGGAGGAAGAGCUGGCAAGACGAUUGGCGGAUCGCGUCAAGUCAACGCGGGAAGGCAAAGACUUGGGAGACUCCAUGGCUGGGUUGAGCGUUGGGAACGAGAAAACAUCGGACAAUUCAGCGUUACGUGCCGAUGAUGAAGGAAAAAGCGCCGAACCGAUUUCACCCGAACAGGAUGCGACCGAUAGCAGGGCGCUUGAUUCAUCGCCGUCGUCGUCGCACUUGAAAUUCAGAGGUAUCCCUCGUGAUGUUCGCCUCUUUGAGAUCUUCUGGCAGCAAGUGGUGCAAUUGAUCUCAGUCAGACCAGAUCUGAGUGUCCAGGAUGUCACGGCGCUCUUGGUCUCUUUGCUGAACCUGGCGCUGAGCUGUUACCCGGAUCGGCUAGAAUAUGUCGAUUACGUUCUACAAUUCGCUCAAAGGAAGAUGGAGGAAUAUGCCACGCAUCCUGAACUGCUGGCCAUUCAAACAACGACGAAUCUCUUGUCACUCCUUCUGGCUCCGGUAACGACAUACACCUCAGCACUGACACUGCUCGCUAUUCCGUCGUAUCAAGGGCUACUUGCAAAACAACAAAGCUCCACGCGUACAUCCAUCGGACAAGCUAUAGUUGCAUCUAUUCUCAAGAGUAACACUCGCAUCGAACGUGUUGAAGACGUCAAUGGCGUCUUGACACUAUGCCGAGACCUGGUUACAGAUGAUGGAGAGUCCCAUCGCUCUCAACCCAACUCGACCCAUAUCAGGGCAAACUAUGAGAGUACAUCGCCGUCGUUGGCGGAGGAACAAGGCUGGCUUGCGAGGAUCGUGCAUCUAUUCUCUUCGGCUGAUGCGAACAAGCAUAUUUUGUUGCUGAGGACAGCACGAGAUCACUUCAUACUUGGAGGACAGCGAAUACAGUAUACAUUUCCGGCUCUGGUAUCGGCCUCUCUCAGACUAGCCCGGACCGCAAAAGAUGCGGAAGUUCCUGGCGAACUUUUACGCAAUGUCCUCAAAUUUACACAUCAAGUCGUGCUUAGUCUGUAUACGCAAGUCGAAACCUCAGAAACGAGCCUCCGGCUCUUUCUGGCGGCUGCCCAAAUGGCCGACGAAUGUCGAGUCGAAGACCUUGCCUAUGAAUUCUUCGUUCAGGCUUUUACGAUCUAUGAAGAAAGCAUUUCAGAGAGCAACGCUCAACUUGACACGAUAACAGCAAUUAUGUCAGCGCUACAAACCUCUCGAGUUUUUGGCACGGAAAAUUACGAUACGCUCAUUACCAAGGCAGCUCUUCAUGGAUCCAAACUCCUAAAAAAGCCCCACCAAGCGGCGGCUGUAUUGCAAGCGAGCCACAUGUGGUGGCAGACCGAUAUACCGGGUCAAACGACAACCUCGAGCGCAGCAUUCCGGGACGACAAGAGAGUACUGGAAUGCUUGCAGAAGGCCUUGCGAAUUGCGAGCUCGUGUGUGGACGAGGCGUCCAGCGUUCGGCUGUACGUUCAAGCGUUGGACAAAUAUAUCUAUUACUUUGAGCAGACUCUCGAAGCGGUUACACCCAAAUACAUAAACAGUCUUACGGAAUUGAUUACCAGCAACAUCGACUUCGCUACUCCGACAAGAACCGCGAAUUCGACCCGGCAAAUCGACCUAGCGCGAGGAGACUGGGACACGAUUCAGGUACAGCAUAUGCUUCGGAUUGCCAUGUCACUGUGUUGCCUCUGUGAUGUCGACCACUGAUUCGCCUAUCUUCCUUCAGCAUUUCCGAAACACGCUA